GCAGAAUGGGAGCGGAGGAGAAACCCAAGAGCCAGGGAGCAGAGGCAGGCGGCGCAUCACCCCGCGCCCCGCACGCUGGUUUCGGAAACGCGCGGGCGGCCCAGCCGGGUCACCUUGUCCGGGAGGAGAAAUGGGUCCCCUGAGGGAAAUGUGACCUGUGAGGCCAGCCCACCAGCCUGAUACCGGUCAGGGACAGAGAGAACGAUGGAGGGCGUUAUUGAACAGAAGAGUGUGUUGGUGCACGGCAAAAUCAGUGAUGUCGGGAAGAGGAAUGGCUUAAUCAACACCAGAAACUUAAUGGCUGAGAGCAGAGAUGGCCUGGUGUCUGUGUACCCCGUACCCCAGUACCAGAGCUGCAGGGUGUUGGCCAGUGCUGCUCCUGCUGGCCUUGACAGCAGCAGGAGCGAGCCGGUGCAGCAGCUGCUGGACCCCAACGCCCUUCAGCAGUCGGUGGAGUCCCACUACCGUCCCAACAUCAUCCUCUACUCGGAGGGCGUGCUGCGCUCCUGGGCAGAGGGCAUGGCCGCCGACUGCUGUGAGACCACCUUCAUUGAGGACCGGUCACCCACCAAAGAUAGCCUGGAGUACCCCGAUGGGAAGUUCAUCGACCUCUCGGCUGACGACAUCAAAAUCCACACCCUCUCCUACGACGUGGAGGAAGAGGAGGAGUUCCAGGAGCUGGAGAGCGACUACUCGAGCGACACGGAAAGUGAGGACAACUUCCUCAUGAUGCCACCGCGGGACCACCUGGGCCUCAGCGUCUUCUCCAUGCUCUGCUGUUUCUGGCCUCUGGGCAUCGCUGCCUUCUACCUGUCGCACGAGACGAACAAAGCUGUGGCCAAGGGGGACUUCCACCAAGCCAGCACCAGCUCCCGGCGGGCCCUGUUCCUGGCCGUGCUCUCCAUCACAAUCGGGACUGGCAUCUACGUGGGAGUGGCCGUGGCCCUCAUCGCCUACCUCUCCAAGAACAGCCACUUAUGAGCUUCCUCAAGGCGCAUGAGGGAGACCCUGGGGACUGGUUCUGUGUGGAUGCUGAGAAAGCAGAGCCGGCGCAGCGAGACACGUACCUGCAAGAUGCCGUACAACGGGAGUUAUUGCAAAUGAUUCCACGAAGCCCUGGAAUUUUCUAUCCACAGAUUUCCUUUGUUUUUUUUUUAAUCCUUCAAUUUUGUUUUCACAGCACUGUGUAGAAUGAAAGACAGAUGGACACAGCAAGCCCUUCCAAAUGGAAGGUCCAAAUGGAAGGUCCUGUUAGACUAAUUCUGGGUGGUUCCUGGUGGAUCCAUGAUGACACAGCAGUCUCAGCAGCCUGUCAGUGCUUGGAACGCCACCACAUUAGCAAUACACAAACAGCAAAGCAAUGUGUUUAUUUUUUAAGGAACUUGAUGCAAUAGGCAGAGGUCAGCGGGGUGUCUCUCCUGUCAUGGCUCUGCUUGGCUGCUCUGGCAUCCUUCUAUCCACAUGCCACAAUGGGGGCUGCAAAGCAAGAGCCCAUUACACAGACGCACACACACACACACGCACACACACCAGGGAAGAGAGACCAAGCAAUGCCUUGUGGGACCCCCGGCUGUCCUGGUCUGUGACUCACCCAGCCCUGAGAAUGCAAACCAAACUAGCAUGGGGCCUGUCCCUAGCCCAGUGUUUCUUUCACUCCACGCUGCCUCUGGCAUAGAAACCCCCUGCCCUCCUUCCGAAAGUGUCCACGCUCAGCAGCCACCAUGCAGCAAUACAGCAAUCCAGGGACCUGGUUGUUCGAGGAUGGGGGGCGCAGACUGCAGGCCCUGCUCCCCAAACACCUCGUGGAACAGAGCCCAGUGUUUGCUCCAGGAGCUCAAGGCAAAUAACCAUGGACUGGACCUCAGUGUAAGGACACAAAGGAUGCUGGUUGUCACUUGUGUUGACACCUGCAUUACAAGCAAUGACCUGGUGAUCUCCUAAAGGAGGUGAACCUUCCUCUGCCCACUAAAUGAAUAGCUUAUUUUGUUGUCAUUUUUUUUAAGUAGCAACGAUUGCUUCAUGCUGCUUAAUUUACCAGGUGAAUGCUGAGAAACAAGUACUCACAGACAUUUUAAUACCAUUUCAUUGCUAUUUUACCGGUGUUCAUUAUUUAACAAAAAGUAUCUUUUA